AUGGCAGCUGAUGAUCAGUUUGAGCUUGUUGCCAAAGCAUCUAUGGGAAAGGGUUCAUCGUCUGCUGAGCUUGGGGCUAUGACGGAUGCACCGAAGCGUCGUGGCGAUGAGAUUGAAUCCAGGCCGAAGGCAAGGGGCAUCGGCACCUAUGCUUCAAUCCCUGUGCCACCAGCGCCGGAGCUUGGGGAAAAGAUGGUGACCAUCACCUUUCCAGAAGGCGUCGCAGAUUUGCCGACAUGGGGAGCAACCUUGAUGACAUGUGGCAAGGUGGCAUCUGAGCGGCUUUCGUAUGAGGAGUUGCGAUCAUCGGAGAAUGCAGAGCAUGUGCAGUAUUGCAAAUGGUUGAUGGCACGA